CAGAAGCAGAGCAGCGAAUUAUAUAAAUUUCUUUGCACUGCCCCUGUGUGUGAGCGCGUGUGUGUGUGUGUGUGUUAGAUAUACGCGAUUUCCACGACCGUUUUUUUCGGCUUUCUUCUUUUGUGUGGUGUUCGCGUUCGUUCGUUUUUACCGUUUGAAAACUUCGGCGGAACGAAGAGCUAGUGCCAUCUCCCUCAGUGAGGAACAUCUUCAAGAAAACCGAGAUAUAACCUCAAAAAGUGCUAAAAAAUCGUUAAAAAGUUAUUAAUUAAAAGCGACUUUUCGAAAAGGUUCCCGAAUCACAUUCCUGUCCAUUAGCAUUACCAUAAUGAUUCCGAGAGAGCGCGAAUAGAGCGCAUUGGCAAAUCGAGAGCGUGAGCGCACAAAACAUUUUCGAACACUACCUCCCCCCCACCUCUUUUUUUUGACUGAAAAACACACAUUAAAAUCGGAAAAAUGCCCCUAACAGUGCCUAACCACAGUUUCUUUGUCUUUGUGCAGAUUUCUUAAUUAAUUAAUUAUGUGAGCAACCCAAACCCCUAACAAAAAAAAAGAUAAAGAUAAAGAUAAAGAUAAAGAAAAAGAAAGAAAACCAAUUCAACGAAGCAAACGAAUUUCAAAAUGUCCAAUUCCAGUUCGAAUUCCAAGGUUAUCGUGCACCACCACCAACCACAACAAACACAACAGCAACAACAACAAUAAAUAAUAAUUAAAUAAUAAUAUUAUGAGAGUAACGGAAAACUGAAACGCCAAGCGGAGUGUAUUCGAAAAAUCGCGGCACUAAACACAGGUGACUCGAAUGCUGGCCAGUGAUUAGCUGGCAAGGGAAGUGCGAAUCUGGCCGGGAUUCAUGCCGCUGGAUGUGGACGCAGGGCAGCAACUGAAGCUGGAGCGGCUCUGGCGGGAUCAGAGGGAUCAGACGGAUCGAGAGAGAGCCGAUCGCCACCCAAGAAUACCGCUCCGCAGCCCACACUACUGAUGAUGAUGGGGCCAUGAGCCCAUCAUUACUCGCAUUGAAUUGGAGUCGCAAGCGCGUCUCAAGCGGGCCUGCACCAUGCUAGCACCGCCGAACCCGAGGUCAAUAUGCGGCCAGGACCCGGGCUGGUCGUGAUGGCGCUUGCGUUUAUUUCGGGGGCUCGGCGUGGCAGCAGCAGCAGCAUCAGCUCAGCAACAGCAACACCAACAGCGGCAGCAACAUCUGCAGCAGCAGCAGUAGCAGCAGCAGCAACAUCUGCAGCAGCAACAUCCGCAGCAGCAGCAGCAGCAGCAGGAGCAGCAGCAAAUACCGCAGGCGGCGGUGGAAGGGGCAGAGGCGGCGGCGGAGGCGGAGGAGUUGCAACCACGUUACCGUCCACUGGCGAGUCGUCGUCAUUCGUUCGCAGCUCUGGCUCAUACCUGCUGCCCAUCUUCCUGCCCCACCAUCUCGACUUUGCGCUCCAGUUCUACCCACAACUGCCGCCGCAGGAAUACAACCAGGAUCAGGCCCACUCCGAAACCUGGGUACCCUCGGGGAUAGCGGACAGGCGGCAGCAGCGGCGACGGCGACGCGAGAGCAGCAGCAGCAGGGAUAUAGCAGGUAGGGCAGGUGGGACAGCAGCGGACUCGGGCGGUCCGCGGUCAGGAGUCACUGCGGGCACAGAGUCCAGCGAGGCCAACAACCAGGAGGAGGAGGAAGAUCGCGGCCUGACGGUGCAGUUCCCCUCAUCGCAGGCCUACGACGAAGACCAGGACAUCUUUGCCCUGGUGGCCGAGGACGACCUUCUGUCGGAGGAGUCCUUCGAUCGCCUGAUCAAGCUCAACGAAGACGCCGACGAAGAGGACUACAAUCUGCAGCAGCAGCCCCAGCAGCAGCAGCAACAGCAACAUCAACAUCAACCCGAAGCGGAAACGGAAAUAGACACAGAGCCAGAGAGCGAGACGGAGACGGAGACGGAGACCGAGACCGAGACAGAAACGGAAGCGGAAACAGAAACCGAACAGCAGCAGCAGGACGAGAGCCGACUUAUUGAUGAGGGUGUCCUGCAGCAUAGCGACCACAUCAACAGCCACUCGAAGGAGUUCGCCAACAGCUACGAUAAUAACAAUAACAAACGGGAGGCCAGCGGCCACAUCCUUGAUGCCCAGACGGCCCAGUUGAUUGGCCACAAGGAUAACAGCCUGUCCGCCGUGGCCACCACCGAGUCGGCAGGAGCAGCAGGGGCCAGCAGCAGCACCACCACAUCCUUGCCAGCACCCGUGGAUCUGAAGAAGUCCAUUCUCGGGACUGCGACUUCGUUAACACGCCUUAAUCCUUGGAUAUCAGCCUGUGAUCUGGCACAGCCGGGCACAGCAACCGACUUGCAGGGUCAGUGCUCGGCUGGUACACUGCCCAUGGCCUGGGUCGAUGAGGGACCCGGGCCCCCAACCUGCCCGCGAUCCUGCGCCGAGCAGCAGCAACAGAAGCCAGCGGCCUCCAAGGCGAAGCGGAGCGCCUCCAGUAACAAUAAAGUCAAGUAUUUCGUAAACUAUAAGACAGCCCAAAUGCGUUUGCGCCGCGGCGGGGACUACGCGAUGGACGCCACCGAGAGCAAUCCCCCGGCCAGCGAGCGGCCUGCGAGCACCACCGACGACCAGGACCUGGACGUGUCCUCCACCACCGAGGAGGCGGUGCCGGAGCCCACGCUGUCCUACAGCCAUCUGCAUGCCCAGGAGCCGGUCCUAAUCCACCAGCAGGAUCCGCGGGAGCACGAGCAGGAGGAGCAACAACAGUGCCUUGAAUAUCUGGGCGAUUCCGCCGAGUCGAGUCCGCAGCACCUGUGCGGGCUCCAGUCACCUGGCCACCUGCUGGAGCGGCUGAGGGCCCUGCGGCUGCGCAACUGCUGCGAGAGGAGCGUCUUCAGCGCCCUGCACACGCUGGCCCUGAACGCCAGUCUCUCCGACCGCAAGGAGUGUGUGCGCGUCCUCAGCGACCUGCUGGACGUGGACGGACUGGCCAACAGGAUCACCUGCGAGCUGGCCGAGAUCCUGUUCCGGUUCGACUGCCGGCAGGUCUACUCGCUGAUCAAUCAGUGCGACGACUGCAAGGAAGCAUAUCGUCGCUGGGUCUGCAGCACACUAGUGCCAUAUUUCGCCGAGCCAAAGGACGUGUCGCCGAAGCCGAAGGACGAUGGACAGGCAGGGCAGGGCAAGAGCAAGCGCUCGUCGAGAAGUGCAGCUGGCACGGAGGCGAUGGCUAUGGCGGUGGCGACGGCUUCUGCUACGGCGACGGCGGAACGGGCGGACGGAAUCAAGCAUAAAUCUCUGAAAUUAAUCAGCAAUAACAAUAAAUCAAAUAACGGCAAUAACAUGAACGAGCGUCAGAUUAAUCAGAAGCAUGACAAGAGCUCGAAUGCGAACGCGAACUCGAACUCGAACUCGAGAGCCAACAAGGACAUUGACCGCAGCGUGGAGGAGGCGAUUGGCCGGGACCUGGCUCAGACAUUCUACGAUGUUGUUGGCCUGUCUAGGGCCCGGCAUGGCGGAGAGGAGGUUCUGCCAGACGGCGAGCCACAGCCAGGACCGAACUCCGAGGUCGAAAUGGAUGCGGAUAGGAAUAGAGACAGCGACAGGAACAGGGAAACGGAGACGGAGACGGAGACGGAUACGGAUACGGAGGCUGAGGCCGAACAACAAUCCAAUAAUUUCAUAUCGACUGCCAAUAAUUCGGAUCCCAGAGCCACGGAUCCAGUGAUAUCAAAACUACAGAAGAGAUCAACACGCAAGACAGAGUUCCGUAAGCGCCGCCGUAUCCGGCCGUGCUUGAGCGUCUGCCAAACCGUGGAACAAAAGUGCCCCUACCUGCUGCCCGCCGAUCGCGCCCCUGCGCUGCCCACCCAAUAUGCCGGCGAGCCGACAUUCCUCUGCCUAGAUCAAAACAUACCCGAGACAGGGGCGCAGCUGGAGAAGUCGAGCUACGGCCCCAACGACUGCUGCUACAGCUACUGCAAUGGACCGGCGUCAGGAAUCUGCACCGUUUGUCAGGACUUCAGCCAGCCCCGGACAGAGGAGGACGAUCCUCCAGGCAACUCCACCCGCCGUGUGCACAACAUCACCCUCUCGCUGAGCUCACAUCCGGGAGAGCACGCCCGGGCCAAGAGCGUGGCUCUGGCCUUGAGGAACGUCAGCCAGACAGGGAGCGACCCAGAUGCCGUUGAAACGCUGCUCGAACGCCUGCCGUACUACGCCCGCCACGACGGGAUCUUCUACUACGACGAGGAGGGCGAGAUGCCGCAGGCAUCGCUCUCCGGCGAUUGUGCCGUAGUGCCCGCCGCGACCACUCGCUGCACCAUUCCGUACUAUGCCUCCGGAACGGAGGCGGUGGCCAAACCACCCACGCAGCUGCUGGUCUGGCUGAGUGCCCUGCUCGGCCUGCUCAGCAGCUGUGGAGCGGCCCGGCAACGGUGGAGCUGCCAGUGGAGCAGCAGAUGUGGCGGGCACCGGGGUCGCAGUCGCCAGGCGGUCACCUGCGAGGCCAACUGCCACGAGCAGGAGCUGGCGAAGAGCAGGGCCAGUGGCCAACGGACGCCACCAGUCCGCAAGGAAAGGCCAGCCCACGAUGGAGAGGUGCCCUCUAGAGUCUGGCUGUGGUCCAGAUCCUGGCAUACUUACAAGCUGACCUGCAGCAAAGUUCGAUACUUUAGUAGUCGGAGUAAGUUCAAAGGCGAGUCCAGGUCAAGCCGUUCGGCUAGCUUUAAGGACUGCCGGUCGCCGAGAGCCGGCAUCCAGUGGAGCCGGGGGGCGGGAUGCAUUAGGACUAGGAACUAUCGCUACUUCUACUACUACAACUACAACAUCAACGAUUGGUGGCGGAGAUGGUGGCGCUGCCUGAGCAGCGGCGCCUUAUAGUGCCUGCGGACAGUACGCGGCCAGUGGCAGGACAUGACGACUCCCUCGACUCCUCUAGAGGAGAAGCGAUACGAAGUACUAAUAAUAGCUAAAUGGGAAAUCGAAAAUCGAAAA